UUUCAUCAUCAUCCGACAAUGGCUCAAAAGUCAUCGCGGUGGCUAUCGGUUCAGAUCCCGCCGUCCUGAGCAGUUCUGCCAGCGGAGGCGCCAGUGAUGGAGGGAGAGGUGGAGGAGCUGUCGACGAUGGUGCUACGGCCAGAGGAAAGUCGAAAUCAAGCGCCGAGAACAUUCUUGAACCUUGUGAAGAUGCUACAGAAGUAGAAGGGGCUUCUGCACGGGAGACCGGACUUGUUGGAGCGCCGUCAUCUGGUGAGAUCGGUUCAUAUGUUGGGGGACCGCUAACCGUUGAAGUGGCAAGAAAUGAUAGAGUAGGAGGUGGAGGCAUGGCUGUCGAUGUGGAAGUAGUUGGCUCUUGAAAAACAGAAAUGGAAGAAAGAACUCCGGAAGUGCUUGGUAGAGCUGGUGAGGCGAGAGGCUGCACCACAGCAGGAGAAGCCUCUGUCUUCGGGGCACACAUUGCAGGUGAGGCCAACGGUUGCGUUUUGUUGAGCUGGCUGGCAGGGGAACAUGCGUUCAGUGACUGCUGGAAGUGGGCAUAGACGUUCGUCGCUGUCGAUGACGACGCUGACACUGAGGGAGACAUAUGUUGCGAGCUCAUUUGGGGUGAACCAGUAGCGCCAUGGGAAGUAUUGACGACAAGAGCACCAUACGAAGGUACUCCACCCAUAAUAGAUCGUGCCGCCCGAUUCAUUGCCGGUCGUUGAAUACCAACUGCUCCUGAAGUCGGACUCGUAGGUCGUCUUUGGGGGUGACGAGCCACAGACACUGGUGGGAUAUUCAACAUUUCGAGACCAGAUUUCCUGCGAAUUUCGGGAGGGGCAACCGAAGAGUGUGUAGCUGCAUGAGCUGCUUGAGCCGCUGCAUGGCUGUUGGUAACCUCCUCAUGGACAACCUGAAAUUAUUUAUCAAGCGNNCCCACUCUAUCCAUCACAUUGUUGAAGUUUCGCUUGUUAUCAGACCAUGGAGAGCUAUCCCUAUCCUUAUUCGUUGAAGUUCCAGGCCAAGGAGAGUGAGCACUUGUUGGAGGUUUUGAAUCGGCGGUUGGUUGGCGAAUGCCAAUGAGAUUCUUAUGUUGUUGUUGUUGCAUUUGCAGAUGGAAUUGCUGAGCCUGAGCUUGUGCUGCUAACGAUAUUGUUGUUGGUGGCUUAAAAACAAGCGGAGAUUAAUAGGAAUUCAUGUCACUUUGUAUAAGCGGUCAUACCUGUACAGGCUUGACCGCUUGCUGUUGUUGUUGCGGUUGACCGAAAUCUUUUACAACUCCUUUACUAAUACUACCAGAACCACCAACGAUCACGCCGCUACUGCCGCCACUAUUUAACAGCAUUCGCUGUUGCCUCAUCAGGAGCUCGCGGCUGAAAUGUGCAAUCAAUCGACUUGAUCGAAAGCAACAGUAUUCUUCAAAAACAUACUUCUCACGCAGAUUGUCAAGCUUUUUCUGAAAGGUGAGCCGCGAAUGUUCAACAACGCGCAUAUUAUCUUGGGCCUCUUUGAGUUCUUGUUUGGCUUGGAAGUCUUGCAUUGUUGAGUUUAUUCGGAAAGCUGACGUGAUCAUUUGUUCCGCUUGGAUUUUCUUUUUCUGAUACGUUCGCUCCUCUUCCUCUAAUCUUCGUACUUGUUUCUCCAUUCCUCUGAUAUCCUCGUCUAUCUUUUCAAUUUCUUCUCUGAGACGCUGUUCGUCAUCCAGUAACAUGGAUGGGUCAUGAGUUCUCAUCACCAUCGGGGAUGCCGACAACGACAUUGACGCAACGGCAGCUGCUGACCCACUGCCGGCAUUCAAAGCAUCAAGCUGAUUUUGUAGCUGUGUCCUCUGCAGUCGAUGGUUCUGCGCCAUUGUUUGAAGACUAGAACACUUGGCUGAUUGGCUGCUAUACUCCAAUAAAAGUUGUUGACGUUGCAGCUGUGUUAAUGAUGCUGUUUGAAGCGAUUGGUUGAUCUCUCCCACUCGAUGCACCAUAGCUAUCGUGUUCUUAUCGAUAUUUGCAGCAGUUAUAUCGUGGUGUUUAAUUUGUUCCUGCAACUGCUUCCUUGCAGCAUCAAUUUGUCGCUGUUUUUCUUGUUGGAGUCUCUGUUCCUGUCGUUGCUGUUCAAGCUGUCGCGCUUCCAACUGUUUUGCCUGAAUAUGUCCUCUGUCAAGAAAGUUGAUUAAAGAAGUUUAGAGCACUGGCCUUGAAAAAGCAAUUUCAAAAGGCUUUUUAUGACAUCAGCAAGGUGGCGAUUAGAAAAUACUUGAUUGAGCAAAAUUUUCUGCUUCGGAUAGCUGCGAGUAUGUCAAGUAUAACUGAUCCAUUGAAGGCUGCUGCUGGACAAGCUGCUGUUGAUACUGCUGAUAGGUUCGUUGUUGCUGCUGAUAUUGCUCCAAAAUCGCACGAGUACGACUCUCGUCGCCUCCGAAUAAUUGAUGAAUCUGCAUUAGAGUGUUUUGAUCAAACCCACCGAGCAACGUUGGAGUUGUUGAAGGUUGUGAGGUUACCGCUGCCGCUGCUGCAUUCGCAGUGAGCUGAGCAACGGAUGGUGGCUGCUCAAUAAUCGAAACGGACGGAGGACGAAAUGGUGUACCAGCAGUUAUUGAACCUUUCACUAAUCCCGUAGAAAUCGACGACUGUUCCACUAGCGGCUGACAUUCUUCCUUUGGUUUCACAUCUAAUGAUGAGAUGUCGAAGACAGUGGCAUUUGACGUCGUUGGAACUUCGGUUAUAUCUACAUCCAAGUCGCCGUCUUGCACAGUGAUCACAGAUGAUUCUGGGACAUCCUGUGUGUCCUCCUCCAUGGCAAUAUCGUCCUCAUGCCGAUCGCACUUGAAGUUAUCAGCAUCUUCCUCGAAGUCUUCCUCUUCUUCCUCUUCCUUCUUGCACAACGUCUCGUACUGUAGUCGACAGUCAUCCGCACUUCUACCUUGCAUUUGCUCCGAAAUUGUGGACCAGUUAGUGCCAAACUGAGCGACAAGGUUUUGAAGACGAGAUAUCUCUCCACUUUGCCAUGUUUGAUGGAUUUCCAUUUCGAACUUCGCCAUUUCGUCUUGGAGGUCCCCGGCGAACAGCAUGUCCAAUUUCUUGGAGAUUCUUUUGAAGCAUGGUCCACAACAUUUCACUAUUUCACGUGGGAUGGACAAGUGGGCGAGCAUGAACGAACGUUGCCGAUCAUCCAUUUGACGCCAUUUCGCAGGCAUAGCUUUGGUCGCUUUAACCUUACGCUUACCAGAGGCGCAAACUUUCACCAUACACCGCCCGCUAUUCCUAAUUUUCAAAACCUCAUCCUUGCACUUCGUACAUAUUUUGCAGUCUGCACCUUGUUUCCUGGCGUCGAUUCCUAUAUAUUCAAUAAUCUAGACACCAUGACGUGA